AUGAAUCAAAAUUUAGAUGGACAUUCGAAUGUUGUUCAUAUAGCAGAAUGGAAUGAAUGCUAUCAGAAGUUGACAACAUGCGACAGUAAUGGUUUGAUAAUUGUUUGGUUGACACAAAGUGAUAGUUGGUAUGAGGAAAUGAUCAACAAAAGGAAUAAAUCAGUUGUGGUUGGUAUGGCAUGGAGUCAUAAUGGUAGUAAAAUUGCAAUCGCUUAUGAGGAUGGACAAGCAAUUGUUGGUUCGGUUGAUGGGAAUCGUUUAUGGAAUAAAAAUGUUGCAAGUAAUUUGGUGACACUCUGUUGGUCAGGUGACUCAUCAUUGGUACUAUUCGGCUUAAUAGACGGUGAAAUACAGUCAUAUGAUGCGACAGGUGUAUUUAUAUAUAAAUUACGUAUGGCUUGCAUAGAAAAUGUUGAAUUGGAAACAGCUUUAAAUAAAGAUUUACGACGUAUUACAAUUGUUUCGAUGGAAUGGUUUACUCCAUUAACUCAAACAAAUGAAUAUUCAAACAAUUAUCAAGUUAAUUUUAAUUAA